AUACCCAGAGACCACUUGCUUCCUGUCCCAGCGAGUUCAGUCUGAGGCCUGAUCCAGCAGGCCCGGGACCUAGCCUUACCGGCACUCGCUGAAGAUGAGCAAAUCCAUAACUCCUUCAACAUACGUGCGCUGCAUUGGCUAUAAACUCAUGAUGCAACUGGCUGAUUUCAUUGAUCCACAAGAAGGAUGGAAGACGCUAGCAGUAGAUAUAAAAGACCCUUCUGGCGAAAACAGAUACAACCAAAUGCAUAUAAGGAGAUUUGAAGGGCUAAUAAAGAUAGGAAAGAGCCCCACCUGUGAAUUACUCUAUGACUGGGGAACAUCAAACUGUACAGUUGGUGAUCUUGUGGAACUAUUGACCAGGAAUCACUUCCUAGCACCAGCUAGCCUUCUGCUUCCAGAUGCUGUUAGGGUGGCAGAUGAUGUUACGGUACCUCUUUCUUCACAAGAAACUAUGCCUAUACAUAAAACUAUGCCUGUACAGGAAAAACCAGUAAUAUCUGCAACACCUCUUUUAGCUCAGAGUAGUGAGGGACAACUUUCAGCUCCUUCCUGCUUACCUCAAGAGAACAACAGUCUGCAACUUAGUGACACAGGUUUCCACAGCUUUUGGUUCCAUGAGUUGAAAAAUGUUACAAACAACUUCGAUGAACGACCUACAUCAGCUGGAGGUAAUAAACUGGGAGAAGGAGGCUUUGGAGUUGUGUACAAGGGCUACAUCGAUGGCAAAAUUGUGGCAGUGAAAAAACUUGCUGCUAUGGUUGAUGUAAGCAUUCAAGAUCUGAAACAGCAGUUUGAUCAAGAAAUAAAAAUAAUGGCAAAAUGUCAACAUGAGAACCUAGUAGAACUGCUUGGUUUCUCAGGUGAUGGUGAUCAGCCCUGUCUGGUUUACGAAUACAUGCCCAAUGGUUCAUUGCUUGACAGACUGGCUUGUCUGGAUGACACUGCACCAAUUCCUUGGAGUGCAAGGUGUAACAUUGCUCAAGGUACAGCAAAUGGCAUCAGCUUUUUGCAUGAAAACAAUCAUAUUCACAGAGAUGUUAAAAGUGCAAAUAUCUUACUAAAUGAAUUAUUUGUGCCAAAAAUUUCUGACUUUGGACUUGCAAGGGCAUCUGUGAAAUUCACACAAACCAUCAUGACAGAUAGAAUUGUGGGAACAGCAGCCUAUAUGGCACCCGAAGCCCUGCGUGGAGAGAUAACACCCAAAUCUGAUAUUUUCAGUUUUGGUGUGGUUUUACUGGAAAUAAUAACUGGGCUUUCGCCAAUAGAUGAAAACCGGGAGCCACAGUUACUGUUAAGUAUCAAAGAAGAAAUUGAAGAUGAGGAAAAGACAAUUGAAGAUUAUGUUGAUGAAAAAAUGAGUGAUUGGGACACCAUUUCCAUUGACAAAAUGUAUUCAGUUGCUAGUCAGUGUCUGAAUGAAAAAAAGAACAGGAGGCCAGACAUUAAGAUGGUCCAGCAGCAUCUACAAGAGAUAAAAGCCUGAUAUCUGUUUCUUACCAGUUUUGUGCUAUUCCUGCAUUCGAGGCUUUUGUGGCCUAUAUGUGCAAUCUGUUGUUGGCCUUUCACCACUGUGCCACCAGGCAAGGAACUUUCUCAAAGACUUUAUGCUUUAGUCAUUUAAGGGAGUUGAUGUCUGAUUAAAACAAUGGGUAUCUUAAAUCACUUCAUAAAACUUUCUUCAGUGGCCUUAGAGAGAAAGAACGCUAAGGUUCUUUUUAUGGCAACAUAUUGUGCUUUUGCCAUACCAUCUCCACUUCGUUUUCUAAAUAUAUUUCCUGACUAGAAUCCAGGCUUCUGCAGCUCCCUGAGUAAAAUGUACCUGUUACAAGAAGACCAUGAUAAACAAAUUGAUGACUGGUAAAUUGCUUCUAAGCAGAAAGAGUAGAAACCAAAAAGAGCUAGUCUAAGCAAAAACAUUUCAAACUGAAGAGGUCAGUCUAUAUUGCUCUCAGCCGGAGUUCAGGUAAUUUCCAUUAAUCUGUUGUUCCAUGUGGUCAUAGUCAGAAUUCAAGACCAGAAGGGACUACCAGAUCAUCUAAUCGGACUGGCUCUAUAUCACAGGCCAACACCCGUACACAACCCAACAACCUAAAUUAAACUAAAAUAGUACAGCCCACUGGUGACUAAACUAUUAAGUGCCACAGGCCAAUGCCUAAGCCAGGGAAAUUAUUUAAGUGAGAUAUAGCCAGAUAAUCCUGGCAAGUGACCCGCAUCCACAUGCUGCAGCAGAAGGUGAACCGCCUCCCUCUCUCCCCCCCCAAGGUCACUGCCAAUCUGACUGGGGGAAAAUUCCUUCCGAGCCCCACGUAUGGUGAUCCGUUACACCAGUUACAUGUGAGCCAGAACUAGCCAGCCAAGCACCUGAGAGAGAGACUACUCAGUGUCACCUCAGAGCCCUGGUCCUUCCUGUCCAGUGUCUCAUCUCCAGCUGUGGGCAUCCCUGAUGCUUUAGGUCGUAUUAAAGGGUGAAUUGUCGGGUUGGAGGGAGGUUACUAGUGGAGUGCCUCAAGGUUCGGUUUUGGGACCCAUCUUAUUUAAUCUAUUUAUAACUGACCUCGGGACCGAUUGCAAGAGUGGGCUGAUAAAGUUUGUGGAUGAUACGAAGGUGGGAGGAGUUGCAAACUCGGAGGAGGAUAGGGAUAUUCUGCAGGGAGACUUGAAUGAGCUUGUGAAUUGGAGUAUCAGAAAUAGGAUGAAAUUUAAUAGUGAAAAGUGUAAGGUGAUGCACUUGGGGAUGAAUAAUAACAAUUUUAGUUACAAGAUGGGGACGCAUUGGUUAGAAGUAACGGAAGAGGAGAAGGACCUAGGGGUCCUUGUGGACCGCAGGAUGACUAUGAGUCGACAAUGUGACGUGGCGGUGAAAAAAGCCAAUGCGGUCUUGGGAUGUAUUAGGCGAGGUAUAUCUAGUAGGGAUAGGGAGGUCCUGCUUCCGUUGUAUAAGGCGCUGGUGAGACCUCAUUUGGAGUACUGUGUGCAGUUCUGGUCUCCAAUGUUUAAAAAAGAUGAACUCAAACUGGAACGGGUGCAGAGAAGGGCGACUAAGAUGAUCAGAGGAAUGGAAAACCUGUCGUAUGAAAAGAGAUUAGAGGAGCUUGGGUUGUUUAGUCUGACAAAGCGAAGGCUGAGGGGGGAUAUGAUUGCUAUCUUUAAAUAUAUCAGAGGGGUUAAUACAAGGGAGGGAGAGGAAUUAUUCCAGCUUAGUACUAAUGUGGACACGAGAACGAAUGGAUACAAACUGGCCGGGGGGAAGUUUAGGCUUGAAAUUAGACGAAGGUUUCUGACCGUCAGAGGGGUGAAAUAUUGGAACGGCCUUCCGAGGGAAACGGUGGGGGCGACGGACCUGUCUGGUUUUAAGAUUAAGUUGGAUAAGUUUAUGGAGGGAAUGGUUUAAUGAUAAAACAUAGUAGCCAAGGAAAACCAAGCAAUGGUACAUGAAUAGCAUAAUGGCCAACAAGGGUCAGGCUAGAGACUCUUGCCUAUAUGCUCGGGGUAUUACUGAUCGCCAUAUUUGGGGUCGGGAAGGAAUUUUCCUCCAGGGUAGAUUGGCUGAGCCUCUGGAGGUUUUUCGCCUUCCUACGCAGCAUGGGGCAGGGAUCACUAGCAGGAGGGUCUCAGCCGAUUGAAGUCACUAAAACACAGGAUUGGGGACUUCAACGGUAGAGUCCAGGGAAGGGUCUUGCGGCCUGCAGCAUGCAGGGGGUCAGACCAGAUGAUCAUAAUGGUCCCUUCUGACCUUAAAGUCUAUGAGUCUAUGAGGAAGGACAUCAUUUAAAAAAAAAAAAAUCCCUUCCUGACCCCUGCAGGUAGCCAGCUGAAACCCUGAAGCAUGAGAUUUGAAGAAUGUUUGAUAUAAACUAGAAGUGAGCCCCAAGGCUGCUGAGCUCAGCCCCCCACCACCAUAAGCAACCUUGUCAUAUAGUCACACCUGUUAUCUUGAUAAUACCCAUUUAAAAUAAACUGAGCUACUUUGCUCAAUGCAAAUUGAGAGUAGAGAACUGAGAAUUGAUAGAUGUGGGUUCACUUUUACUGACUCAUAUGACCUAAUGACACGCCAUUUAAUCUCUCUUCCUCAGUUUCCCAUUUAGGAAAAAGCUGUUUGACCUGUUUUUGUAGUACUCUGAGAUCCUUGGAGAAAAUGCUAUAUAAAUGUAAAGUAUCAUUAAUACAGUCAUUUUGUAAGUGAUCACGAUAGUGCCAUUUUACGACCACCUUGCAUUGUCUUCACUUCCAAUAGCUGAGUUUAAUAUAAGAGCUUAUAUAGACUAAAAUGACUUGUGUACUUGAAAGGUUUUAUAAUAAAAGAAUAUAUAAAUAUUGAUGGACCAAACCACAGGCUAAAAAUUGAUCAUUCCACAGUGAAGGAAUAACCUACAUUGAUCUUGUAUAAAAAUGCUACUGUUUGUAAAUAGAAGAUAUGAAUUUCAAAUAAACUUUCCUUUUUUGCACCUAC